AUGGCUGCCGUUGCAAAACAACCGACAAUUGCAGGCGGUGCCCUCACCGUGGAAGCCCUCCCUUCCAGCACGCUCACUCCUAACUUUUUUAACUCAAUUUUCAAUGACGGCAUGAAUCCGUUUGAUGAAUUCUUUGCCGGCUCACCUACUCCAGGUAACCUUGCCGCUCUAUCUGCAUCUACGCGGAAAGAACAUCUUCAUCCCGACAAGCCCAGACUCAUCAGGGACGAAACUCUGCCUGCGAUAAAUACUAAACUCGAUCAAACUCUUACACCCGAACAGUCACCAAAAUCUUUAAAUGCUACAGGCUCUUCACUUCUCUCACAUCUAAGACUAUCUCGUAGUCCGAGUCCGUUCGCUUUCGACUCGAUUGCAACUACAUUUCCUGAUAGUCCUGUUUCAUCGAUAACACCCAUCACUAGUCCGGAAGAACUAACACCGAACACCAUCAUGGCGAGGGAACAGUUCAUCAUUUCGACACCUGCCGAACAUGUGGCUACUCGGAAGAACUCGAAUAUUCAAAACCUUGAUAACUCACAGACCAAUUUGAAAAGAAAUCUGUCCUUGCCUCAGACUUGGAAUUCGAAUACUAUGGGAGUCCCAAUCACUGAACAAAGAACAGAGAGUAUAAGAACAAGGAGACAAACCCUUCCCCGAGGUGUCGAAUGCUUAGCGAAGCCCGCCACUAGGUCGAGGCAGAGAUUGCUCUCGGAUACACCAGCCACUACACCGUUUUCACGAAUGGAUGGAAUCUUUGUUACUGAAAAUAUCCCAUCGGCUGAGAUCAAGGCAGAGCCUACUAGUCCUACAACGCCUAACUUUCAAUUACUCAACUCUACAGCUGGCCGAAAGAGGAAGAAGUCAUCCGUAGAAGUCGAAGACGACGGCGAUGAUGAUCUUGAUGGCAGACUCAAUGAAUCAGACAAGCGAGCGCGCUUCUUAGAGCGCAACCGAAUUGCUGCCAGCAAGUGCCGAAAGAAGAAGAAGAUCAUGAACCAGCGUUUGGAGGAGAAGAGUCGACUUCUAGUCCAACAGAACCGAUUUUUGAAUGCUACUCUUGUGAAGUUGCGUGGCGACGUCCUAAGACUCAAGCAAAUGGUACUGACCCACCACGGAUGCGGGAACCCAGCAAUUGAGCAAUAUCUGCAACAUGAAUCAGAAAAGUACCUGGUAGCAGACAGCGAAGAAGCCGCCAAGAAGAGGGAGGAUGCUCGCCUAGCCAAUAGCCUUGCGAAAUCCGCCGGAAUCAACGGAAUCGUUAAAACGGAUGAGAGCUUCCAUACAAACAUGGGUAGUAGCAGCUCUGCCUGGCUCAACGAGUUCCACAGCUUCCAGGAAGUCGAAUCGGAGGUCCUGAAACAGUCACAGCUCCUCGACUUCAACGACGAUGACUUCCAGAAGCUCCUUCUUGGUGACCAGCUCACCGUCCUUCACGACGACUUCGCGGCAUCUCCACCUGCUUACGACUAG